AUCUGUGCGGUGCCGGGACUGCCUUUGGUCCCACUCGGUGCUUACCAAAUAGUGCCAGCGAGGGCAGCGUGAACUGGCAGACAGAAGACGGCACGUGAAGAUGGCGUGUGGAGGAGCCCGUUCCGGCAAAACAGAGAGGCAUUCCACCCACUAGGCAAGUCUGCCCUUCUCUUCGGGGAGACCGGCCUGGGGACGCCGGUGAGGGCGAUGGCUGCUCUGUGGCCCUUUGUCCUGGUGGCUGCCUCAGGAAUCCUAGCCUCAGAUACACCUCACCCCAGGAGCUCUGCCCUGCAUCAUCUCACCAAGCAGCUGUUACAGAAAUAUCGUAAGGAGGUGAGGCCAGUUCACAACUGGACUGAGGCCACCACUGUGUACCUGGACAUUUCUGUUUGUGCAGUACUGGAUGUGGAUGUACAGAAUCAAAAAUUGAAGACAAGUGUAUGGUACCAUGAGGUUUGGGAUGAUGGGUUCUUGUCCUGGAACCCCAGCAUGUUUGAUGAGAUUAGAGAGAUCUCCCUACCUCUAAGUGCCAUCUGGGCUCCUGAUAUCAUCAUUAAUGAGUUUGUGGACAGUGAAAGGUCACCCGACCUUCCCUAUGUUUAUGUGAAUUCAUCUGGGACCAUUAAGAACUCUAAGCCCAUCCAGGUGGUCUCCGCAUGCAGUUUAGAGACAUACACCUUUCCAUUUGAUAUCCAGAACUGCAGCCUCACCUUCAGGAGCAUUCUGCACACAGUGGAAGAUGUAGACCUGGCCUUCCUGAGGAGCAGAGAAGACAUUAAGCAUGACAAAAAGGCAUUUUUGAAUGACAGUGAGUGGGAACUUCUUUCUGUGUCCUCAGCCUAUGACAUUCUGCAGACCAACGCUGGAGAUUUUGCACAGAUUCAGUAUAAUGUGGUGAUUCGCCGGCGCCCACUGGACUAUGUCGUGAGCCUGCUGAUCCCCAGCGUCUUCCUGAUGCUCGUGGACUUGGGGAGCUUCUUCCUGCCACCCACCUGCCGCGCCAGGAUUGUGUUCAAGACCAGCGUGCUGGUGGGCUACACCGUGUUCAGGGUCAACGUGUCUGCCAAGAUGCCGAGGAGCUCAGUGCACACCCCUCUGAUCGGCGUCUUCUUCGCAGUCUGCAUGGCCUUCUUGGUUCUCAGCCUGUCGGAAACCAUCCUGUUGGUCAGAUUCCUCCACGAUGGGCAGGGCAGCGGGCAGGAGUGGGCCCUCUGGUGUCUUCGAGGGCACCCCGAUUCUGACAGGCCCAGGAUGGGUCCCGGGGCCCAGCUCACUGGGGUAACAGAGUCCCACCUCUCUCAGGAGCACCAGGACCCAUCGGGGACCCUGGAGGAAGCCUGGCCCCAGCUCAGAUCCAUCAGCAGCUACUUCCAAACCCGAGACCAGGCCCACCGACGAGAGGUGGGGUGGCUGGCCCUCCUGGAGCGCUUCGACCGCCUGCUCUUCCGAGGCUACCUGGUGGUGCUGGGGCUCUACGCCGUCACCCUGUGCUCCCUCUGGGUGCUGUGGAGCCGCUCGUGA